UUCAUUUUAGCUCAUACGAAAUCCAUCUCCACCAAUGAAACAGAGCCACAUCCUCCUCGUGAUCUUUCCGGUGCAAGGCCAAAUCAACCCCUCCCUCCAGUUCGCAAAGAAGAUGAUAAAAUUGGGGAUCCACGUCACCUUCGCCACCAGCCUCUCUGUGUGCCGGCGCAUGGCGGACGACAAGGGCCUAACAUUCCUUGGAUUCGACGACGGAUACGACGACGGUUUCAAGCUCAGCGACGACACCACAAAAUUCAUGACUAGUAUACGAAGCAACGGCUCCAAGGCCUUGAGAGACGCCAUCGUCGCCGCAGCGGAGGAGGGUCGCCCCGUCACAUGCCUAGUCUACUCGCUCAUCCUCCCUUGGGCGACGGAGGUGGCGCGUGAGCUCCACAUCCCCAGCGCGCAGCUCUGGACCCAACCCGCCACCGUCUUCACCAUAUACUACCACUAUUUCAACGGAUUUUCCGACGAAAUCACCGAGAAAUCGGAUAAUCCAUGCUGGGAAAUCCAAAUCCCCGGAGCUCCGCCGCUCUCCAAAACCGACCUUCCCUCCUACCUUCUCCCUUCCUCUUCAGAAUUGGAUAAUUUUGUGCUUGCGGCGUCUAAGGAGCAGUUCGACUUGCUCGACACCGAGCCGAGCAAGCCCAAGGUGCUCGUAAACACCUUCAACUCGCUCGAGGCAGAAGCGCUUGCCGCGUUCGACCGUUACGAGCUGAUCGCAAUCGGACCGUUGAUUCCCCCCGCCUUCAUCAGCGGAGAGGAUCCGUCAGAGAACUUGUUCGGCGGCGACCUCUUUGAGAAAUCUGACGGCUGCAUCGAGUGGUUGAACUCGAAACUGCAGUCGUCGGUGGUAUAUGUGUCCUUCGGGAGCCUGCUGAGGCUCCUGAAGGAGCAAAAGGAGGAGAUCGCAGGCGGCCUCCUCCGCUCUAGGAGGCCGUUUCUUUGGGUAAUGCGAGACUCAGAGGAGGAGGAGAAGCUGAGCUGCUUAGAAGAUUUGGAUAAGAUUGGGAAGAUGGUGACGUGGUGCUCCCAGCUCGAGGUGCUGACGCACCCAUCACUAGGAUGCUUUGUCACGCACUGCGGGUGGAACUCGACUCUAGAGAGCCUGUCGUGUGGGGUCCCUGUCGUGGGGUUCCCUGGUUCGGCGGAUCAGGGGACGAAUGCGAAGAUGAUAGAGGAUGUAUGGAAGAUAGGGGUAAGGGUUAAAGGGAAUGAGGAUGGGAUUGUGGAGAGUCGGGAGAUUUGGAGGUGUGUUGAGGAAGUGAUGGAUGGUGGUUUGAAGAGUUUGGAAUAUAGACAAAAUGCUAAUAAAUGGAAGGGAUUGGCUAGAGAAGCUGCGCUAGAAAAUGGACCUUCCACCAUGAAUUUGAAGGCGUUUUUGGACCAUGCAUCUUGAAGUUUGUACUUGUCCUUGUUUGGAAUAGUAUUUACUAGCUCUCUUAUAAUAAACAUUCCCUUUGUCCGCCAUUUAUAUUCGGCAUGGGUUAUAAUAAAUAUAUAUGAUGGAA